AUGUCGGGCUCGCCGUCUCAAUGUCACGGCACAAUUCCCAUCGCCGUGGUAACAGUGCGGGUCCCAUCGCUUUGGUUGCCCCUGUGUGCCCUGACCCCUCACCGUCUCUCUCUGUCUUUGCUCGUCCUCAGCUUGGUGUGCACACCGUGCCUGGGCCCCUGUCCCAAGGUCUGCCACAUUCUGGAAGGCGAGAAGACCAUCGACUCGGUGACAUCCGCGCAGGAGCUCCGAGGAUGCACCGUGGUCAACGGGAGUCUUAUCAUCAACAUCCGAGGGGGCAACAACCUAGCAGCUGAACUAGAAGCCAACCUCGGCCUCAUUGAAGAAAUUUCAGGGUAUCUAAAAAUCCGUCGCUCCUACGCAUUGGUGUCGCUUUCCUUCUUCCGGAAGUUGCAUCUGAUUCGAGGAGAGACCUUGGAAAUGGGGUACGUGAGCCCAGUUCUGUGUGUGGGGCCCAAGGGCUACAUAGGAAGUUUGCGAAUUAGAAAAACUUGGGUUUUGUUAUAUUUUUUUUCUUUUUAACAAACAAACAAAAAAAACAUCAUUAGGAGAAAGUUCCCGGCAAAACCUUGGGAGAGAGACGAACUGUGUUGGAAUGUGCGCUUAAUGGUCUAUCCAGCCAAAAAAAAAAAAGAAACCCAUAAGAGCUGUGCUGUGGUCAUUCUUGAGAAACCAAGGAGGGAACAGCCCAAAUUUUGUGCCCAACCUCUGAGGGUCCCGGCUGGAAUUUGCUCAGUGGGGCGUCCUGCCAUCGGGGCUGCGUCGUGAGGGGCGAGGGGCAUGUGGCACGUGUGAAAUGGAGCUUCCCUCCUUCUUUCCGUUGUCUCUCCUCAUUCCCUGGAUCCCUUCCUCUCCAGGUCCCACUGACUCUGUUUCAGUCGGUAAAACCGCAGAAACGCAGACUAGCUGAGCUGGGCACAGACGGAAGUCAUGAUACCUUGUGGGCAAAAAGUCUGAGGAAGGCCAUUUGGCGACACUGUCCAAGACCCAGGUUUAGGCCGGGCGCGGUGGCUCACACCUGUAAUCCCAGCACUCUGGGAGGC